AUGGCGUGGUACUACCCCAGUGGCGAUGCUUUUGCCUCUGCUUCUGAUGACUCUACGUGCCGUCUGUUUGAUCUCAGGGCUGAUCGGGAGGUGUCCAUCUACUCCAAAGACAGCAUAAUGUUUGGAGCUGCCAGUGUCGACUUCUCUCUUAGUGGUCGUCUGUUGUUUGCUGGCUAUAAUGACUACACCAUCAAUGUGUGGGACGUCCUGAAGGGGACCAGAGUAGCCAUCCUGUUUGGUCAUGAGAACAGAGUCAGCUCACUCAGAGUCUCUCCUGAUGGCACUGCUUUCUGCUCCGGGUCCUGGGACAACACUCUACGGAUCUGGGCCUAGAGCUGCUGUGAUGUCAUCAGAGCGAGACUGAACCCCUGGAAGUCAGGGUCAGAGGUUAAGGGUCAGGACCAGAGUCAUGUGACCAGUCGACCCAGAGUGCCCAUGGAGCACACCCUGCCGCAGAAAGAGUCUGCCUAUAGAAAUUAUAUUCAGUUACACACACACAAUAAUAAACUAUCUAGGUUUGACUCACAGAGACUAUUUAUUUGACUGAAGUUGGACUAUACCAAAUGCUCAUCAGGUCAAUGAGGACCUAAAGCUUUAUUAUUAGCAGUAUUACAAUUAUUAUUACUAUUGUAUUACUAAAGUCAGUUGAGCAGUUUUCCAUUACAGCCGGUCCUAGCCAAUGCCAUGCAGUACUGACUUUCCUGUAUAGAAGCUAACUCACUGCCGUUUUUAUGCUCCCUAGUCCCCCUUUAAACCUGCUUCACAGUCUGUAGUUUACCAGUCAAUUAGUCUGCCCAGGUUGUGACUUGUUCAGAUGUAAAGUGCAAUACUACUGUUAUAUAAAAUCAGACCAUAGACUGUGGCUAGCCAGAGAGGGAGAAAGAGGGAGUGUUUGACGUGUUGUUCAUUUGUAAUAAGUCUUCUUGUGAAAUAAAUACAUUUUAUUUAAAUUCUUGA